AUGAGUGCUCUUGCCACACAAUCCGCGCAACGGACACUCUCUCGAUUAGCGCUUCCUGCGCGCCAAAUUGGUGGCCGGCGCCUUUCUUACGUUGCACGCCCAGCCCUCGUUUCACAAUGGUCCAAUAUCGCUCGAAAACCUUCACUUCCGAUCCCAUUGACCUCGGCAUUGCACACACGACGUCACAUCAGUGGGUCAGCAUCCUCCAAAUCGGCCGUCAAAGAAAGCAAGUUCAAGGCUACUACCCCCACCGAACGAUAUGAAGAGCUCGUACAGGCCGGCGUCCUCAGAGACGAUGCUCACCAGCGCACGAUCGUCAAAGUCUUGCAAUCGCUGCACGACCGACUCAAAACAUACAAGCAAGAAGAAGUUCCAGAUCCAGAGGCGCAUCUACAAGCUUCUAAAGGUCUUUUCUCCUGGUUCCCCUUUGGCAACAAAUCCAACGCACACGAGAUCAAGCCCAUUCCAGAAGACAUUCCAAAAGGACUCUACCUCUACGGCGAUGUCGGCACAGGGAAGAGUAUGCUCAUGGACCUCUUCUACGAUACCUUGCCAUCGAACAUCGCAACAAAACGUCGCAUCCACUUUCACCAGUUCAUGAUUGAAGCCCACAAACGAGCGCAUUUCUACAAAUCGAAAACACACAAACCUUCGGGUAUCGUCAUGAUGAUGUCGGCUUCCGCUUCCUCUUCCUCCUCCUCCUCGAGCUCCUCCAGCUCCUCCAGCUCGAUUGCAACCGCAGGAGAGGAGAGUGAUGCGAUCGAAGCCGUAGCUCGAGAAAUGGCUCGCAAUAACUCUGUUCUUUGCUUCGACGAGUUCCAAGUCACCGACAUUGCAGAUGCCAUGAUUCUGCGCGGCCUCCUCGAACGCAUGCUCUCCUACGGCGUCGUCAUGGUCAUGACUUCCAACCGACAUCCUGAUGAACUCUACAAGAACGGCAUUCAACGACAAUCCUUCCUCCCUUGCAUCGACCUUCUCAAAUCCCAACUCCGCGUAACUGACCUCAACUCAGGCACCGACUAUCGAAAAGUCCCCCGCGCACUCUCGAAAGUCUACUUCUCCCCCCUCAACGACGCCAAUACCCUAGAAUUCGACAAGCUUUUCUCCGCCGCCACCUCCGACCCUCACGAUCCCGUGAUCCAAAACCGUCCGCUCAAAAUCUGGGGUCGAACACUGCAAGUCCCCUAUUCAACUCAAAAAGUCGCACGUUUCACCUUCGACGAACUCUGCGGGCGUCCCCGUUCAGCAGCUGACUACAUCGAAAUCUGUAACAACUUUUCCACCAUCUUUGUCGACGCGGUCCCCAAAAUGAGUCUAAACCAAAGAGAUCUUGCUCGCCGGUUUAUCACCUUUAUCGACGCCGCGUACGAGUCAAAAACAAAACUCUUGGCUUCUUCGGAAGUACCCAUUCUACAAAUCUUCUCAGGUGAUGCAGGCAAAGCAAAACCAACAGCAGACCAGAUGAGAGCGCUAAUGGACGACCUCGGUUUGACAAUGGACGACAUUGGUGGAUCGCCCAUCUUUACUGGCGAUGAAGAGUUUUUUGCUUUUGCCAGGGUGAUUUCCAGGUUGACAGAGAUGGGAAGUAAACAGUAUGCUGAGACGGCGAGUGUGGUCGGUGAGGCUCCGCCCGAGUUUUAA